AUGGCACGCAUUCUAUACAAAGCCAUUGAUACACCAUGGCCUCCAUUCUCCAUAUAUCUGUUCUUUGCUCUUAUCGUGGGCACAUGUGCUGCUGUGUGGAGGGUUCGACAAUCCCGUAAGGCUAAUGCAUACGGGAGGACGAAGACAACUUUCUCGGACAAUAAGACAUCCCCCAUCAUACCUCUUGAAGGAUUCAACUGGGAGGAGACCGAGCCGUUACAAUUCCGGCCGUUUAAAGGGAAAGACAAAUACAACUUGACCAUGGCACUUGAAAGCCUUGAUCCGUCCGAGCUCAUCCCAAUGGACAAAACAUACAAGGACCGACUAGCUCUCCGCGAGUCCGUAAUCGACCAGCACCACGACAUCGUGGUGGGAAUCAACAACGACCAAACCCCAGAGGAGGAUCCUCGCAUCCGUCCCGCCAUUAGCGAACUAUACAAUUAUGUUCUGGGAACAUACCUACCAACCCGAUAUCCGAGCAUGUUCCGUCUAACCGUUGGAAGCUCGCUCUUCCACAACCUGGUAACAGGCGCAACGUGGCCGACAACGCUGUCGCCAACGACGCCAACAAUCCAAGCCCUGGAAAUCCUGACCCAGACGGUAGACGAGGAUUUCCUGAUCCUGCUCCCUGAGUUAUUCCCCGAAAAUGAGGAACAGCCGAAAUCCGUACUACAGGCAUAUGCGAUCUGUUUCCCGGCUGGCUUCAACAUGAGCGAGAAACUCGGGCAGCGUUUAGCCGAUAUUCAUGUGCCGGUCCCGGGGUAUCAGGAAAAGAUUGGACGCAGCAUGGAUCGGUUCUUUGCGCGCAUUGAGGUUGGGAGGUUUGUGAAACGGGCUAAUUGGAGUAUUACUAUUGACACGGGUCUCUUUGCUGCUUUUGGUGGGACACAUGCUGAGCCGGGGAAAAAAGAGGAGGCUAUUGAGCCCGGGAAAUUGAAUGUUGAUCAGACUUGUCUCCGAUGUGAGCGUCAGACGUUGCAUCGGCUGCCGGUGUCCAAGGCUCUCGUCUUUACCGUCCACACUUAUCUUUAUCCAAUUAAGCAGAUUAAGGAUGAGGGUUCUGGUGAGGACCUUGCGAACGCGGUCGAUGGCUUGAAGAGGGGUAAUGUGCCAGGAAUGCAUAUUUAUAAGAAGGGAGAUGUGUGGGGAGAAGCAUUGAAAGACUUCCUAAGGACUUAG